GGAGGGGGACAAGGAAGCAGUGAGGCGCCUUGACGCUGCUAUGCAACACGUGGCCGAAGUGCAAAAGGUCUGCAAAGCGCCAUCGAUAUCUAUCGGCAUCCUACACGAGGGCAAAGUGCUUUAUCGCAGGAGUCUCGGCUUGAGAGAUGUUGAGAAUAACCUAGAUGCUAAUAGUGAUACAUCUUAUUUGAUUGGGUCUUGCUCCAAGCUCUUAACUUCUGCCGCCGUUGGUAUCCUCGCAGAGACCCAGCUUUCUUGGAAAGACUUGAUUAGCAAGCACGUUCCCGACUUCGAUCCUGUUGGAGAUCCUCGUAUCGGUCAGCAGGCGACGAUUUUGGAUGCUUGUCGACACUCGACGGGGCUAGCAAAUCCAAACGCAGUCUUUUUCGGCCCUCAGGGCGCCCUGACCAUCAAGGAGGAGGAUCACGUUGCCCUACUCAACGCACUCCCUACCUCCAAUGACAGUGGCCAACGCUUUAACAGCUGGUGGAACUACAGCAAUGCCGCAUUUGGAGUGUUAUCAAAUGUCAUAAAAGCUGUUUCUGGUAUGCACUUCUGCGAAUUUAUACGCCAACGGCUCUGUCAGCCUCUCGCCAUGGAGCAGACACUUGUUGCAAGAGCCGAAGUCCUCGGCAACAACAAUAUUGCAUAUCCUUACGUCCAGAUGGAGGACGGGCACUGGGCUAAAAUUGAGAAUGGCUUGACCUCAGAAACGUAUGCGCCGGGCGUAGCAUCAAUGGGAAUGCGCAGUUCUGUCAACGAUCUGCUUACGUUUUGCGCAGCAGUUAUGAAUCGAUAUGAUUGUGAAAAGAAUAUCCAUCCCCCGCAGGAGCUCCUUCAUCCGGCGAAAGAGAAUCCCCUUCGACAAAUAUCAUCGAUCUGGGGAUGGUGGUGGACUCGACCAUUGGAUGAUGGCUUCGACAAUAACACUGCGUACAUGCUUGGUUGGUGGCGAACCACGAUGCCUACUUCUGCACUAGGGCAGCUCUCGUACAAUGCCAUUCACAGACGCGAAGAUAUCAUUGGCAAAAAUUCUGGAUCUCGAACUCUUUAUGGACAUAAUGGUGUUACUGAGGGAUCAGUAGCAACAACGUACCUGAUACCCUCCUCACAUUCUGCCAUUGUAGUGCUGAGCAAUGCGGCUUACGCAGGAGAUGCAUCCGAUGCGACAGCACAGAUCAUGCUUCAAGCUCUUUUUGAUCUUCAACCAUCCGUCGACCUCGUGGCUGCCGUUCAAUUAUCCAGAAAUGAACGAUUGGAGAGACAUGAAAAGAUGAUCUCAACUUGGCAGGAAAACAGAGACGUGUCCAAAUACAAAGCGACUCCGGACGAACUAGUUGGAUCGUAUAUUGGUUUGAACGUGUCUCGGAUCAACAUUGUCAAAAGUGACAAGUCGCUUUCGGGGCUGGCAGUCGUUUUUGCGGACCAAGAAAUCUCUCGCUGUGAGCUGGAACCCUAUAAUUCAGAUUCGCUUAGCUAUCUUCCUAUGAAGUACGACGAAACUAUAGCUCGUGGGAUGAUUGAUUGGGAUUAUUGGACGGUCGGAAUAUUCAAUUUUGUGCGGCAAGACCGAGACCGUCAACAAGGAGAUAUUGUGGGCUUAGAAUGGAAAUGGGACGAAUAUGACUAUCCAGCACUAUGGAGAAAAGAAUAA